AGCUUUGCUUUCUUUCUUUUUUGGCGUUGGCGCCAGGAGUUUCCCCCUUGCCUGCCUUCGAUUUCCAGAAAGUGUUCCCGAGGAGGAGGAGGGUCUUCUCUUCUUUUUCUCCUCCUUGCCUUUCCCGGUUCUCUCUCCCCCCCCCCCCGGUUUUGUUCGCCUCCUGCCCUAAACUCGGUCCAAGAGAGAGUCGAGAGUAUAAGAGGCGGCGAGGAAAGGAGGCACGCUGUUUGCUCGAGUUCUCCGGCAACGAGAAGGAAAAGGGAAGGCCACGAGGGAGAAAAAGGGGGAGCCGCCGGGAGCAAAGCGCCAGACUUUGCAGGUGCUGCGCAGCAGUAGAUGUAAUUUUGAAGAAAAUCUGAAGGCACAAAUGGCUUUAGCUGGCUGCCCAGACUCCUUUUUGCACCAUCCUUACCGGAUAGACAGCGUAGAUCAGACAUCGGCACAUACUCGGCGGGAUCUGGUGGAACCUGGAUUCCAAGAGCAAUCAAGUCGCAUCUCGUUAAGUCACCAAGGAGAUGAUGAUGUGGACUUGGAAGCUUUGGUUAACGAUAUGAACUCAUCCUUUGAAAGUCUGUACUCCACCUACAGUAUGCAUUCGGAAAGCACACCACUCCUUCAGAAUGGCCAGCUUAAUCGCAGCCAGCCGCCAGCCUCAGGAACAAAUUUACUGCAUCCUGUGUCUCCAAGACAGAAAGUACAAAGGUCUCAGCCAGUACGCAUCAUGGCAGUCAGACGCCUACAAGAAGAGGAACAGCAGUUCAGGACAUCCUCUUUACCUGCCAUACCAAAUCCCUUUCCUGAGCUUUGCAGCCCUGCAAGCUCGCCUGUGUUGGCACCUGGAUCUCUACCUCAGAGUCAACCUGUUAAUAAACAGGAUGUAAAAGUCUUUAGUGAAGAUGGGACAUGCAAAGUGGUUGAGAUCCUAGCAGACAUGACGGCCCGGGACCUAUGCCAGCUGCUCGUUUACAAAAGUCAUUGUGUGGAUGACAACAGCUGGACCCUAGUGGAACAUCAUCCCCUCCUAGGAUUAGAGAGGUGCUUGGAAGAUCAUGAACUUGUUGUUCAAGUUGAUUCUACAAUGGGGAGUGAAAGUAAAUUUUUGUUCAGGAAGAAUUAUGCAAAAUAUGAAUUCUUUAAGAAUCCUGUGAAUUUUUUUCCAGAGCAAAUGGUUGCUUGGUGUCAGCAGUCAAAUGGCUGUAUUCCACAGUCACAGCUCUUACAGAAUUUUUUAAACUCGAGUAGCUGUCCAGAAAUUCAAGGGUUCUUGCAUGUGAAAGAACUGGGGAGGAAAUCGUGGAAGAAGCUGUAUGCCUGUCUGAGGAGAUCUGGACUCUAUUGCUCUACAAAAGGGUCUUCAAAGGAACCAAGGCACCUGCAGUUGUUAGCUGACCUUGAAGAUAGCAAUAUCUUCUCAUUGAUAGCAGGCAAAAAAAUGUACAAUGCUCCUACAGAUUACGGAUUUUGCAUAAAGCCCAACAGAGUGAGAAAUGAAACUAAAGAAUUAAGACUGCUGUGUGCUGAGGACGAACAGAGCAGGACAUGUUGGAUGACUGCCUUUAGACUCCUCAAGUAUGGGAUGUUGCUGUAUCAGAACUACAGAAUCCCACAACAGAGGAAAGCUCUGCUUCCACACUUCACCACUCCUGUGAGAAGUGUGUCUGAAAAUUCCUUAGUAGCAAUGGAUUUUUCUGGACAAAUAGGAAGAGUUAUUGAAAAUCCAGCUGAAGCACAGAGUGCAGCCUUGGAAGAAGGGCAUGCUUGGAGGAAACGCAGCACAAGAAUGAAUGUCUUGGGUAGCCAAAGUCCACUUCAUCCUUCCAUACUGACCACAGUUAUUCAUAGGACACAGCACUGGUUUCACGGCAGAAUCUCUAGAGAAGAAUCACACAGGAUUAUUAAGCAACAGGGGCUUGUAGAUGGGCUAUUCUUGCUCCGGGACAGUCAGAGUAAUCCAAAGGCAUUUGUACUUACUUUGUGUCACCAUCAAAAAAUUAAGCAUUUUCAGAUUUUGCCGUGUGAAGAUGAUGGACAGAUAUUUUUCAGCCUGGAUGAUGGGAGCACGAAAUUCACUGACCUAAUACAACUUGUUGAAUUCUACCAACUAAACAAGGGAGUUUUGCCCUGUAAACUCAAACACCACUGCAUCCGUGUGGCCUUAUGACCUCUAUUCUGAUCUGUGCUGAAGGACUGGCUUUACUCAAAGACUGAAGUUGCUAGAGAAAUAUUGUAAAAGAAAGUUGACACUGGGACAUUGGCAGAUGUGUUUUUUGUUUUUAAAAAGAACACGACACAAUUAUGCACCUUGGGGACUCAGAAAGGGAUGAAUUGAGCUGGUGCCAACAGACCAAGAUUUUGCCAUUUUGUAUAACAUCCAAGCAUGAUUGCUGCUGAGUGUCCCAGCAACCCCCCAAAAUUGGGAAAGGGUAUAUAAAAUCACUAAACAAAACUGGAAACUGUCCCUUGGCUGGUCCACUUAACAGAAUCAAGUUUGUGAAGCAAAAUUAUUGAAAAGAACACUUGCCCUGGAAUAAUCUUGACAAUUUUAGACUUAGUGUGUUUACUUUUUGUAUUGAUCACUCUCUUUAUUGUUUUUUGUUUUGUUUUUUUGUUUUUGCACUCCUGUUUUUGGAUAUUGCAUAUGGCCUAUAUCGGAAAUUGAUAUAUCUUUUAAAUUUAUGCAGGAUUUGGGUAUUGACCUAAAUUAAACCCUGCAUUGCAUGAGUUGCUUCAGCUUAGCAAGGAUUUAGAAGACAAAAAUAUGCCUGAUGUCUCUGGAGACCAGAGGCUGAUGUUCUUGAAGAAAUUAUAUGGAUACAAGUCUGAAAACCCCACACACAUAUCACCACAUGUACUCUUUAGAGCGAUGGGGUUUUUUGACAGGACAAUGAUGGCUUGUGUGCAGUACAUUAGUGAUAGGUAGUCAUGCAAAGGACUCUGAUUUUAUGCACAAAUGUUUUGAAUCUAUUAUAUUCUGGGUGUGUUUUCUCCCCGACCCUGCCACCAUCACGCCGGGAGCCUGCUAGAGUCCCUUGCUUUUCACCCACACACUCAUGGGAAAAUCCACUGAUAGUUGCAAGAACAGGGCUAUGUGACCAUAUAUGUAUUUCGAACCGAUUGGUGGUUUUUUUCCUUCUGUGUGUGUGUUUUGUGGUGGGUUUGGGGAUUCAGUUGUUUAUCUACUAUGAGGGUGCUUCCAGAUGGAGGGCUCCUAGCGCUACCAAUCAGUUGGAACUGGGCAGUAAUUCUGUGUUUCCCUCCUUAAUGGAUUUUUUCUGGAAAAAGAAAAGCUAAAGUUGUGUGGAGACACAGAAGGGUUACUGAGGAAGACGUAAUCUAGACUCUCUCUCUCCCCCCUGCCCCCAGUAAACCUAUGUGAACGGUGCUGUAAAAGCCUCAACUAGAAGCACCCUAAAAGGAUUUUAAUGUUUUUAAUUUUCCAUUAUUUUCUUAAAUUUUCACACUAACACAGAGCCCCAGUGCAGAUCUAACACUGCCCAGUCUCCUAACUGGUUAGGAGUUCAGGAGUGCCCUAUAAGCUCCCAUGCUUCUUCCCUCCAUCCUCUGAGCCCACAUUUUUGGUGACCAAAACAUAGCUUGGUAACCAAAGCAUAAACUUCUAAUCUGGAUGCGAAUGGAAGCUUGAUGCUUUCUACAGCGAAAAUGUUGGUGCAGUUGGUACCCUAUAAUUUGCUCCAAAACUGAAAGAAAGAUUCCAAGAGCCCAAACAGAUAUAACUUUAAUUGAUUGCUAUUUUGCAACUGAAAAUGCAUGUAUGCCCCUCCCCCCUCAUCCAGAUCAGGUCUGUAGCAGGUGAGGCAAAGUUUAAAUUGUUCCUGCACCCAUCCUAAGGUCCAAAUCCAGAUUGGGACCCCUGUGCCUAGAGUAAAAACAAAAUAAAGGGGGGAGGGGGAGUCUAGUUGCAUCUUUAAAGUAAUGUCUGUUUUGGCCCCAUUUGUCUCCUAAUUGUGACUAGGACUUUGGGUAGUAUUCCAUAAUCGCAGACAUCAGUUUCCUAAGUGAUGGUGGUACUGUAAGGAUUAUGUUCAACCAGGUAAAUGUAGGGAGUGGCUUCUUCAAUUGAACUUGCAUUCUGCUGGAUUGCCAAAGUUUAUACUAUGAGCCUGUACAAAGCUGUGGGCAUAAUCUGAUCAGGCACUGCCAUGUAGCCGUUCCAUCCAUUUAAAUCCAGUUGCAAAGGAAACUUACGCAGGUGCCACUAGAAUGUUUGGAUGACAAUACGCAGCAGGGCUGGCUUAGUGGCUUGCAACAUUUAUUUGGAAGUUAGAUGUUCAACCAUCCUUGCCCUUGCUGGAUUUACCAUUGACAAUUCAGUCAACUUGAUACUUUGCUAUAUAUGCACUAAAAUAUUAAGCGCCAGUAUCUCUGGCAAACUAGUUUGAUCUUGCUUCAGUCCUGGUUAAUCAUCAGACUAUAUAAGGCCUGCUUUAGGCUCCCUAAAAUCUUCGAUGUAGAACUUUCAUGUGGCCAUGACUGUGUGGAGCAAGUAGCAUUUGUCCCACAUUGAUAGGUGCGUUUUCCUGGCUGUAAUUGGGCAAAUGUGGCAAAUAAAAUAUAAGCCAUUGAAAGUGACACCUCUAAAAUAUUGCUAACCUCACACAGCUAUGGGCAUGGGGAGUUCCAUGUAGAGGGUUCCACAACAUCUGAACCAGAGCAAACUCCUGUUAAUAUUUAAGUUAUUCCAUGUUUACAUAGUAAUGCUUUUUCCCCUUCUGGUGAUAGCUAACAUUAAUGUAAGGUCAUUGUUUAUGACUAUCAGAUCUUGGAGAUGAUAGUCAAGUACACACAGGAAGUGUUUCAUGUACCUUGCAUGGUUUAUAAAGCAAGAAGUGUAUUCAUCCUAGGAACAUUCAGAAUUACUGUUGUAAGUUGAAUAUCUUCUCUCUCUCUCUCUCUCUCUCUCUCUCUCUCUCUCUCUCUCCAGAGAUGUUAUUGAAUCACUUUAUACAGGUGAAAUUUAUACUGAUUAUCUCAUCUAACUAAGAGCCCAUCUGAAUCACUGAAGUUGGGGAAACAGUUCUUUAUUCAAAAGGUAUUCAUAUAGUGUUGAGAGUAGGUUAAGGUAAUAUAACCAGCUUGAGUCAUACUUAUCAGCUGAAUUAUCAAUGGUAUAGAAACACUGUAUUUUAGUUUACAGGACACAUUCUAGUACCUUUUUUUCCAUGAAAUGUCUACAUAUAUGAUGAAGAAACUUGAUUUAGAUUUUACUAGAAACUUCUUGGUUUUAUGUGUACAUAUUAAAUUUUUACAUGUUCCUUUUUUGUCAAAUGUUUUAAACAUCAAAUUAAGCUAAGUUGAAUCUCUGUUUUCUGUUUAACCCCUCCUAGCUUUUUUCAAAAAGUUGACUUGUAUGAAUAUAACAUUCUCCAUUCUCCAGUUUCAAUAAGACCAUUUAGAUUUCCCCCCAAAAAAAUAAGUUCUUGUGUUUACAUAGCUUAUUUCCAAUAAUGCAAUUCCCCAGCGAUUGUUGCAUAUUUAUAAAACUUGGAUUUUUAUUUAAUUUGAGAAUAAAAGUUUUGACUACCGAUCAUGGUUUUCUAUGUAGAUGGCUGACUAUUUUGUACAUCCUUUCCCAACUUUAAGAUGAGCUGUUUUAAAGAAAUGAACCACAUCGAAGUGGUAGCUACAUUACUUGAGUAUACCAUUAUUGCUCUCCCCUUUUUUUUAAAGCUGGAAGUGAAAAUUUUAAAAUCUCACCCUAAAUAUUUCUAGCCGAUAUAGCUGUCUGGCAGCUUAGAAACCAAGGACUGAUGGAUAUUUGACUUCCUGAUUUUUUGUAUUUAAAUGACAUGAAUGUAAAGAGGGAUGCUCAGGGUUGUUUCUGGAGCCUGUUGAAUUUUUAUCUUUUUUUUUUUUGCCUGUGAUUUUUAUUUUCUAAAAAAAAGAAAAGAAAGAAAAACGUUAUGUAGCAAUCUUGGAAUAUGUUGAGAAGGAAAAUGCCAAACCAUUUGGUAUUUUUUUUUAAAUUAGUAGAUAAGUUAUAUUAUAGUAGGUGUUUUUAAAAAGUACAGCUUUUUUAUUUGUUGAAUUAAUCUUGAAGAAAUACGUGCCUCUGUUUUUAGAUGUUUUGUCUUAUCUUUUCUGCACUAAGUACCUGAUCGUUUUGACCAAUCAAUGCACCUUUCCAGUGGCAGGGACUUGCUUAUCGUAAAUUAUAUUGUCACACGGCAAGCCUUUUUAGUGACUGUAAAAUGGAAUAAAAGUUAAGUUUUCAGGGAAUGCAAAAGGUAUUAACUUAAGAGACAAAACCUCUUACUCAAUAUGCGUUGCUUCAUACUGUAAAUAGCUUUUUUUUUUUUUUGCUAGUGAACCUAAUUGUAAUCUUUCAGGUAUUUUUGUAUAAAUGAGGGACUGAUUCUGUUUCUUGUAACUAGAAAUAAACAUUCAUACAAUGGUA